ACGAUAUAAUUUCCUCCUUCCCUCCUUUUUCUUACCUCUCGUUUCUCCUUUAUUUCUAUAUGUUAGGAAGGUGACUUGUUUAUCUUCUGCCUCACACAGACUAUCACAAUCCCAAAAACGCUGAAGUGACCUACAGAAAGGAGAUAAUGUGGGGGAAAAGUGUUACCGCAAUAAUGGUUGCAACAGAGUUCUUAGAGGUGGGCUUAAACACUGUAAAUAAAGCCGCUAUGAACAGAGGACUCAGUAAUUUCGUGCUCGUUUUUUACUCGAACGUGCUCGGCAUCUUCAUGCUCGCCCCAUGCAUUAUCAUCUUCUACAGGAAAAAGAGCCCACCUGUGCUUACACGGUCCACCAUCUACAAAAUAUUCCUUCUAGGCGUUCUCAGUUAUGGUGGGCAGAUAUGCACGUAUAUUGGAUUAGGAUAUGGAUCUCCGACUCUGGCGUCCGCCAUGGCUGAUCUUACUCCGGCCUUCACUUUCAUCUUCUCUAUCAUCUCUAGGAUGGAAAAGCUGGACCUAGGGAUCAAAAGCAGCCAAGCAAAGUCUUUAGGCACUUUGGUAUCAAUCACAGGGGCAUUUGUUGUGACUUUAUACAAAGGUCUUCCACUUACCACUGUUCCAUGGAACAACAACAGAUUGCUUCACCAAGUUCUUCGGAUUCCUCACUCAAACUGGAUCGUCGGAGGCUUUUUCCUUGCGUCCCAUAGUGUUAUCUUCGCAAUCAUACUUAACGUUCAAACGUGGAUUAUAAGGGGGUACCCUGCAGAAAUGCUGGUCACACUCAUGUGUAGCAUCAUCGUGGCCAUACUAUCCUCGGUUGUCUCGGUGAUGGUCGAGAAGGACCCGGAUGCUUGGCGAAUUGGGAUGAAUAUGGAAUUAAUAGCUUUCGUAUACACGGCGGCUUUUGCGGUAGCAUUUCGAAGCGUGGUUCAUAAAUGGGCGUUGAGGAAGAAAGGGCCUAUCUAUGUUUCCAUGUUUAAGCCACUUGAGAUGGUCAUUGCUCUUGCUAUGGGGAUCACCUUUCUGGGUGACCAGCUAUAUCUUGGGAGUUUGCUUGGAGCAGCCAUAAUAGCCAUUGGAUUUUACGCUGUGAUUUGGGGGCAAGCUCAAGAAGAGAAAAUUGUAAAUGACACUGAAUCUUCUAUUAAAGAUCCUUUACUCUCAAAUACACCCUCGGUGAUAUAGUUUAUUUUUACUCGCUACAAAUAUAAUAUGGAAUAAGCUAGUAAAUCCCUUUCUAUAAACAACAGAUUCUCCUCAUAAAGUAUUGUAUAUUGUA